UCUCGAGUGGGCGGGAGGAAACACCACCGAGUUGAAAGCUCUUUCCGCUUCCCCACACUUCCUAGAGCUGCCGCGGAAGUGCUCCCAGUGUCAGCCAAGCGAGCAGAUCUUGCUUCCGGCCUUUGUGGGUCGCUUCUGGUCUGCCCAGGAAGAAAUUUUCCAGGAGAAAUCUUGCUGGAAACACUGAUAAAGCUUUUGCACAUCUAUGAUGGCAGCUUUUUGGGCUAUCCAAAAGCACAAGGACCAGGAUGCACUUUUGGAAGUAAAGACAGAGGAAGAUGAGAAAAAGAAGGAGGAAUUUAAAUAUACUACCAGACAGGAUCAGAACCUGCAGAAGAAUAACUCCCAUAGUGGAGAGGUCUUCCGACUGUACUUCAGGCAGUUCUGUUACCAAGAAACAUCUGGACCCCGUGAGGCUUUGAGCCGACUCCGGGAACUUUGCCAUCAGUGGCUGAGGCCAGAGACCCACACCAAAGAACAGAUCCUGGAACUGCUAGUGCUGGAGCAGUUCCUGACCAUACUGCCUGAGGAGCUCCAGGCCUGGGUGCAGGAGCAACAUCCAGAGAGUGGGGAGGAGGCAGUGACAGUGCUGGAGGAUUUAGAGAGAGAGUUGGAUGAGCCAGGAUAUCAGGUCUCAGCCCACACUGAGGAUCAGGAAAUGUUUUUGCAGGAGACAACUCUAGGAACAGAACAAGAAUCCAGUAUGGCCCUCCAGUCUAUGACAGCUGAGCUAAAGUGUGAAUCUCCAGAACUUGAAGCCCUGCAGGACCAAGUUUCAGAUAUUGAGACUGGAAACGAGUACAGGAAUUUAAUAUUAAAGCAAGCAGUUUCUGAAGAAAUGGAACCAUGUGGGAAUAUAUCUAACAGAUUUGAAAAUGAGAUGACCCAGGAUGCUAAAUGUGGAGAAACCCAUGAACUUGAAGCAAAAACAGAAGAGCCUUCUGGAUAUCCCAGGGAAGAUAAACAACCUACAUGUGAUGAAAAUGGAGUAAAUUUGACUGAGAACUUAGACCUUACUGAACAUCAGAGAAUCUGUCCAGGAGAAAAACCUUAUGAAUGUGAUGACUGUGGAAAAGCCUUCAGUCAGCACUCAUGCCUCAUAGAACAUCAGAGGAUUCAUACUGGAGACAGGCCCUACAAAUGUGAAGAGUGUGGAAAAAGUUUCCGUGGAAGAACUGUGCUUAUUCGGCACAAAGUAAUACACACUGGGGAGAAACCGUAUAAAUGUGACGAAUGUGGCAAAGCCUUUGGCCGAUGGUCAGCUCUUAAUCAACAUCAGAGACUUCACACAGGAGAGAAACACUACCACUGUAAUGAGUGUGGCAAAGCCUUUAGCCAGAAAGCAGGUCUCUUUCACCAUCUCAAGAUCCACACAAGAGACAAACCUUAUCAGUGUAUUCAGUGUAAUAAAAGUUUUAGUCGGCGUUCAAUACUUACUCAGCAUCAAGGAGUUCACACUGGGGCAAAACCCUAUGAGUGCAACGAGUGUGGAAAAGCCUUUGUUUAUAACUCAUCUCUUGUUUCUCAUCAGGAGAUCCAUCACAAGGAAAAAUGCUAUCAGUGUAAGGAAUGUGGGAAAUCCUUCAGUCACAGUGGCCUUAUUCAGCAUCAGAGAGUCCACACUGGGGAGAAACCCUACAAGUGUGACAUAUGUGAAAAAACCUUUAUUCAGAGGACAAGCCUUAUAGAACAUCAGCGAAUUCACACUGGAGAGCGACCCUAUACAUGUGAUAAAUGUGGGAAGGCCUUUACUCAAAGAUCAGUCCUCAAUGAACAUCAGAGAAUCCAUACUGGAGAGAGGCCCUACAAGUGUGAUGAGUGUGGGAUUGCCUUUCGAGGAAUUACCAGCCUCAUUCAGCAUCAGAGAAUCCACACUGGGGAGAAACCCUACCAAUGUGAUGAGUGUGGCAAAGCCUUCAGACAGAGGUCAGAUCUUAGUAAACACCAGAGAAUCCAUAAUAGACGUGGUACCUAUAAAUGUGAAGAGCAUGGGGAAUCGUUUAGGCAAAACACAGCUCUUAUUCAACAUCAGACUGUCCAGAAAGGAGAAAAAUCUAUUUCUAUGUGAUGAUUACAGGGAAAAUAUCUUCAUAUUGAGUAUAGGCUGGAGAGAAAUACUAGCUUUGUAAUGAUUUGGGGCAAAACUUCAGUCACUAUUGCUGAAAGGAAACCUCAGCUAUUUUAUAAAGAACACACCAUGUACCACCUAUUUUAUUAGGUACUGUGGGGAACAAGAAGCAUAACACAGAUUCCUUCUCUCCAAAAGAGUUCACAACCUAAUUUGGGAAAAAUAUGAUCCACAUAUUUGUUUAAAUAAAACUAUAGGACAGUAGAUUGAUGCUCAAGGUAGUAUAGGAUUAAAGUGGCACUUGAGAGACAGAGUGCUACAGAUUUUGAAGGACAAUUCACUGUUGCCUUGGGUGAUCAGGAAAGAUUUUAUUGAAGUCAGGAACCCUUGAAGGGUUAUCUGGGUGGAUUUUGAAAUCAUCAACAAUAACAGGAGGCAGGAUGUAAAGGAAGAAUAUGAAAGUGAAGAAGGUCCAAAGUAGGAGUAAUAGCAUGGUAGAAGUAUUUUGUGUAAAAAUCAAAUGAUGAAUCAUGAAGCAGUAGCUCAAAAAUGGCAUUAAGGUUGAGAAUAAGGUUGCCAGGCUUCUCUUUUCUAAUUGAUUCAAGGUAAACAAAACAGUGAGUUUUUAAGGCAAAAAGUACCUUGGAGAACCAAGUUUCUAAAGCAAUGAAAAGUAAAGUGAGCUUAAACAUGGCUUUGGAUGAAAAGGUGAUCUGACAAUCAAAUGGGUGUUCCAGAGAGUGCAGUAGAAAGGGCUGCCAAGGGAAGAAAGGGAAAAAACUUAAAAUGUAAAAUAGGAAAGGACAAUGAGCAGAGCUCUGAAUUUGAGAGAUCACAGCUUUAUGGUGAGGCUGCAGAUGGAAAGCACUGAGCUCUAAGAACUUGGAAAAGCUCUGCAUUCCUGUACUCAGUACAGAAGUAACCUCUUUUAUCAAAAGCCAGAACUUCUUACCAAUUACACCCAGAAACAUUCAGAACUAGAGAGGAUCCUAAGAAAUUCAAAUUUAAAAAUGAUGAACUGCUGGAGGUGCUAUAGUGAGAAUUUUUCAUUGUAAAGGAUGCUUAUCAAUAGUAGAAUUGUGAAAGUGAGGACAAAGUCGUUAUUGGACAUCUUUUGGAAUCGUGAAAAAGAUUUAUUAAUAAUAUAUAAUAUUUAUUAACUGCUUACUAAGGACCAGAUAUUGCUAAAUGUUUUAGUUGCAUUAUUUUAUUUUUAGCUAGGAAAACUGAAAUUGAUAAAUUAAAGCUGCACAUGGUCACAAAAUUUGUAUGUGGUGGAGCCAAGAUAUGAACCCAAGCAGACCAAUUCCAGAGCCCAUACUUUUAAUCUCUGUGAUACAUGUCCUCUGUUUAUUUCAGUUGAAUGAACCACUUGUUGCAGUGGUAUUCUAUGUCUUCAGUAAUUCUCUGUAGAAACUUUUCAACUCCUACCACUUCUCUGUAGCAAAACUCAGAGCACUGGGGUCUAACCAAAGGUAAUAUCAUCCUCCUCUCUGCCUACCAAAUCUUGAGUGAGAUUUGGCCAGUGUAAACAUCAGCCCUAAUUCUUAUUGCCUGCAAAAUGAGGGUGUCCUCAGCAAACAUUCCAUUUUAAAAAUUGGUUCUUUAUGUGAAAGGAACACCCUCCUGACUUAUAACCAUGAUCCACUCUCUCUGUUAUUCUGGCUGUGACAUAGGAUAUUUGGCUGUUUUGUCUAAUACAUAUCAUAAUGAUUUAGAGAUAUAUCCCCAAGUAUUAAUAACCUGUUAUGGCCCUAUCUUCAAAAAGAGUUUUAUUCUAAGUGAUGUUAUAUUUGUUGCUAAUACCACUUUUGGGGUUAAAAGAUAACCCAUUUAUAUGUUUUAUAUAAUAUAUAAAUAUAUUAUAUAAAAUAAUUCUUUUAUUUGCUUAAGAUUUACCUCUUCUGUGGUUCAAAUUGUUCCCUUCCUGACUCCACAAGGCUGGAAUUUGAGCAACAAGUCCUUCCCAACCUAGGGAUAAGCAUUUGAUAGCCUUUAAUUGAAUCUCUUCUCAACUUUAAUCCUUCCACACUGAAAAGUUCUCAUACCACAGCCCUUCCAGCAGUUCAUCAUUUUAUUUGAAUUUCUUUGGAUAUUCUCAUUCCAGAUGUUUCUGGGCAUAAUUUGUAAAGAGUUCUCACACAGUAUUUUUAUUCAUAUAGAACAUUUUAAUAUAUUUAUGUGUAUAUAUGUUAAUAUAUAUGUAUGCAUAGGCAUGUGUUAUGUAUGAUAUGUAAUAUAUUGCAUGUAUAAUAUAUAUUGAUUUUAUAUAUAUAAUUUGAUUUUUACAAAGCCAAGCAUUGUAAAUGCUAACUUCUCUGUUGAUUAGCUCCCUAGUUCACAUUGUAAGAUUGUCAUUGAGAGCCAGCAGGAAAACAGCAAUUUUCUGUUUCAUGGAAACAGUUGAUUCUCUUCACUCAAAUUAAAAAGGACAGGUUCUGGGUCUGAAAAUCCAUCUUUCAAGGCUCCCAGAACUUUCACCCACCACAGUUUAAGGUGAUCUUUGAGGGGUAUGUCUGUUUGCCGCUGCCAGUCAUCUUCCUAGGCCAGAGGUUCCAGGAGCACUCCUACCUGGAGGCCAUUUGGAACCUCUAAUUUAUGCUUAAAUCUUCAUUAUUCCUCUCUAUGCUUGUCAUGUAUGUCCUACUUUUUGAUCUAGUGCCUCAGUUCUGUUUACUUCAGUGAAGGCUUUAGGAGUAGGUGUCUCCCCAUUUAUCCCUGAUAAAGAACAAGGCAACUUAGGGAUUCUUUACAGCAUCUGGUACCCAGAUACCUUUUUUAUUCCUGAGGCAGAGCUUAAUAACAUGGCUUCAAAGUCAGAUUCUGGGUUCAAAUCUCAUUUUACCACAACUAGCUGAGUGACUUUGGGCAAGCAACAUAACCUCCUAUGACUCAGUCUAUAGCAGUAAUGAUAGUACCUACUCAUUGGGCAAUUAUGUGGAUUAAAUGAGUUAAGAGAUAUAAAGUGCUUAGAACAGUACUUAGUAUAUGGUUAAGUACUUUGUAACUGUUACUGUUUUGAUUAUUACUGUGGGCUCUCUCAAAUACCUUGGCUUAAGAUGCCCUGGCCCCAUGCCAGAAGACACUUGUAACUGUGCUACAGGUUUCCCAGGACUGUUGCAUAGUCCGUCCAGCCUUGGGAUAAAAGCUCUCAUUCGGUUCUGCUUUUAACUUUAUUUCCCUGGGUACUGAUGAACAGUACCUGGCAAGGCACAAAUAUCGCCCAAGCUGGAAGGGAGAGAUUUCCUUGCCUUUCAUCUCCACUUCCAUCAAUUAUCAGAGAUAACCAGGAGCCCACAGUUUUCUCUAUAUGUCUUUGGAGCGGCUUUUCUGAAGUUCUGCAUCCUGAAGGCGGAUUCCUGGCCUGGCCUGGCGCUCACGGAGCGCUGGUCCCUAGGCUUACCUGAGGACAGCCAAAGCCAGCGCUGUUCAGCAGGGGCGGGGAUACUGCCAGGCAACCACAGAGAGAGAAAAUCCUCCAGGAUCCCAGAGAAAAUCAAAGGCUAAGGCUGCUGGUAACAGUGGUGGGCCAUUCUGGCCUUUGUAGAGUACAUUUAGAGGUGAUGGUGGUUGUAGGUUUGUGGAUUCUGGGUUUGAACCUGGUGUCCAGUCAACCUGGUGAAUUUGGGAUCUGCUGAUUGGGAGGAGUAGGGGAAAGUUAAGAAUGGCUUCCAAGUUUUGAGCUGAGGUACCAAGAAACUGGGGCUGUUAAAGAGGAAAGUUUGGGUUUCUGGUUUGGGAAAAGGUAAGUUUGGUUCAUGUGGGGGGUUGUGUUCAUGACUUUCCCAAGAGUAGUUGAUGCUUGGGUGCAAGGAAAGAUGUAAAGUACACUUACUGGUUGUAUGACUUUGAGCAAAUUACUUAAUCUCUCUGUGCCUCUAUGUCAUGUCAGUGGGAAUUAUGAAAGUAUCUAAUUAAAUGAGCAAAUACAUAGUAAAUAUUAAAUAAAUAUUAGCUGUUAGUAUUUUUUUUUCUCAUAUCUCAUGUCCUUUUCGUCUCCCUGUCAUUUAUAUGGGAUUUCUCUGAAGGGAAAGAACAGAAGGGAAAGGGUUGCUGGUCUUUCUCUCAAGGAACGUAUACAUUUAGGAACUAAAAGACUUCAUCAGAUGAAGCCAGCUAACAGUUUGCAAAGUCACUCCCACUCUGUCUCUUAAUUUAUUUAGCUUCUUGAUAUAGUUUCUUUUUCAUUUAGUACACUGUCCAGGUAAGUGAGUUCUUGGGUAAAAGAGCUAAACAAAAUUUAGAGUUUCUUUUAAU